AUGAUCAUACGUCUGUUACUCAUACUAUGCGCUGUUUAUGCAAGAAUGCCGUUGCACAAAAUAAAAAAGGCGCAAGAGAUUUUAUUUAGAGAUGAUAACAGCAUGACAAUCAAUCCUGAUGGGCCAUUAAAUCUUCUAAGCGGAUAUAUCUCGCACAAGGCUGGAUACAUGCACAAUAUGCGAUUUUUUUCUCCUGAAAUAGAAGCAAAUUAUAGCAUGAAGAAAAGUGCAGAGUCCACAGAAAGUGUGCAUGUAUACACAUAUACUAGAAAUCCAGAAAGCGAUAAAGUAUAUAAAGAUCUGUUUUCUAACAGAAAAAAGAUCCAAUAUCUGUACAAUUUUCAUCUGGCAAUGAUUUACAUGUUUCCAUCAGAAAGCAACAGCCUUUCUAUUGAAUUAUGUAAAUCAGACUCGAUUACUCGAUUCUUAAGAUUCCACAGUGACAAACUAGACAGUAUGUAUCUUCUUGCUUCGCUGCUGCUUCUCUCUGAGGGCGUGUAUGUCCCCAUUAAAAUAGAAAAAAACAUCCCAGGAGAUGAGACAAUUAUUCUAAGAGGACAAGAUCACAUACCCCCAUAUAUUAAUCUAAACAUGCGUUUAUUAGGUAUUUUACCCAAUGAAAGAGGGCAGUUAAUUUACCAGAAAGAAACAGAAGAAAUUAUAGAGUUUUUUAAAAAGAUUAAUACUCCCCAGUACAUAUAUUUGUUAAAAGAAUAUGGCGAGCCAAGAACACAAAGUGAAUUUACUUCUGGUGAAUUUUUAAAUAGUCCGAGAUUCCUCAUACAGUCUUAUAUUUUUGAGUAUAUAGAUGAAAUAGAGCAGUAUAAGACAUUAGUAAAUUGUGUAAUGGAAUUGCUGGAUUAUAUAAAUUCGCAUAGAAGAACUUCAAAAAAUAGGAACAAACUGGCUAUAACAGCGAGUAGAAGUUUAUUUGUGAAAAAAGAAGUUUACAGCACUAUGAAAAAUCAUAUUAUACCGUUUUGCGAUCUUAAAUCUGAAAUGGAAAAAACGGCUGUUAUUCCUUUUACAAACAACGCUAUGGCGCUGGCAUAUACUCGGGUGCCAGAGUACUGCCAGAAUGAUAAAACAACUAUAAAAGAUGAGACACUUUAUUAUAACAAUCAUGUGGAAACUAUGCUUUUAAAUCUUUUUUGCUGUCUUACAUAUAACCCAGAAACUAAGAUGUACACAAAAGAAUGGAUUAAAAGCGCGCCGGCUCCUUUAAGAGAGUUUUUUGAUAAGCAUUCAUUGCCAACUGAGUGUGCAAGCCAGGAGAUGCACAGGGACUGGUGCAAGGUUGUAUCUGGCUUGUUUAAUCCGAAUAUUGGCUAUGCCCGAAACAGCAGAAAUGAACUGCUAGGCGGGUUAGUAAACAUUCUCUAUGUUAUAUCCGAAAUAACUGGCGGCAGCACUAUCAUAGACAAUGCAAUUAGGUACAUAACAACCGUUCCAAUGAGCACGGAAAUAGAAACACAUAUACUUAAUAAUAUAUCAAAUCAUUUACAAUUAAUUUUUUCCUCUCUUACAAAGAGUCGAAAAGUCUACAUAUACAUUCCCUCUUUAACCAAAAGGCCAAGAAAAAAUGGGGUACUUGAUAUAUUUGGAGAUGUUAUAUUAAAAUUUGUGUUUAACAACGAAAGAAGAAGUGUAAUGUUAAAUAUUAUGCCAGUGUUUUCUAAGUUUUCUUUAAUAGCAGCAGAAAGUUGCAUUUCAGUAGAAAUAUGCACUAAACUUCAGAUGAUUAAAGAGAAAUAUGAAAAUGCAAAUAACUACAUUGGGCAUAUUAUUCUGGAGUUUGCUAAUGCAAAUCUAGAGUAUAUUGAGGCCAAGAAAAAACCAAAGGAAGACGUUGUCUGCUAUUCAAUGCCAAAUAUAACCAAGUAUACGCCUAAUGAAAUAUUUGUAUGGAGGCCAAUAGAUUCGCUAAGCUAUAAAUGUUUUUUGGUCAAAACUUUUUUAAUAAGCGCCAGUAAUAUAGACAUAUCUAUAAACAAACAAUUUGCGCGAUUUACUAAAAAUAUUAUUGGAAGUGUAUCUCUUGACAACCAAAUAGAAAGAAAAAAGAUUCUGUCUGGAUGUGUGUACAAUCCACAAUAUGUAACAUUCUACCCCAAUAUUGAAUAUCAUAUAGAACAUCUUCCAGAUUUAGAGCUUGGUAUUGUUGAUAUAAGAGAGAGAUUUGCUGAGCUAAUAAGUGGUAAGUAUUUAGAAUCUGACAUGCAGGCCUCCUUUUACCAUCUGCUGCUUCUUCCAAUUUGUAAUAGAGAAACAUUCAAUCUAUUUGGAACACUAGAGUGUUUUAAGAGUAUUUGUGUUACACUAGCUAAAAAAUAUACAACUGUGUAUAAAAACAGCCCAAAGAAGAGCAUUUUAAUGCUGUAUUGGACUCUAUUUUUCAUGAAGCAGUAUCUAAAUCCUAUUAACCCACAUGCAUUAGACAAUGUUUUUUUCGCAUGGCUAACAUAUGCAUGCAGUGAAACCAAUUAUAAUUCAGAAAUUAUUGCUUGCAUAUAUGGCAUUUUAAAUUAUAAAAAUGUCUCCAUUGAGCUUACACACAGCCCUGCAUAUAUAAUGAAUACCGAUUUUAAUCGGAUUUUAUCUGUUUUCCUGUCGGAGAAGAAUACACUUUGCAUAGCAAAUAAUCCAGAAAGCGAAGAAAAAUAUGAGAUGAUUUCAAACUAUUUUAAGCAAAAUACUGCCUCUUCACAUAGUAGGGUUUUCUUUACCAAUCCAGUUGUCAUUUGAAGAUAAAAUAUAAACUUUUGAUGAAUACACGGAUUUCGGAUUAUUUAUACAUAACAUGAAAUUCUUAAGAAGCGAACUAGUUUUUUAACAGUUGGUUAUUGGCUUA